GCGUCCAUUACACCGUAAAGUUGAUGGACAGUGGGGAAGUAAUUGAUUCAAGUGCUGACAAAGGUCACUUAAAGUUCCGACUAGUUGAGGGACAAGUUCAAGAGACAUGGAAGGUUGGCAUUGAUGGCAUGCAAGUUGGUGGCAAACGUAGACUCACAGUUCCACCAUGGGUGAGUACAAAGGAAGGAAGAGGUGAGAAUAUUCCACCAAACUCGUGGCUGGUUUUUGAAGUUGAAUUGGUUAAAGUCAGGUAAUCGGUUGGCUUCAUAAGCCAGUUUUGUUGAGUCAUACAUACACCUUGCCGAGUAAAUGACCUUUUGGAGAUC